UGGGAAGAACUGCCCAGCAUUGGUAGUCGGUUGGUAAACGCGCAGUGCAGCGGCGCGGCCAGUUGCCUCGCGACCGCCGCGCCCGCCGCUCGUCUGUGUUGCCACAAUGGCGUACUCGUGGGACAACAGGGUUACGUUUGUGGUUCGAUUUCUUUAUGACAUCGACAACAACGGCUACCUCGACGCGCACGACUUCCAAUGCCUAGCCCUCCGCUCGUGCGUGCUGGAGGGCAAGGGGGACUGCUCCGCCGCCCGGCUGCAGAAGUACCAGCACAUCAUGCUCAGCCUGUGGGAGGAGAUCGCCCAGCUGGCGGACUUCGACAAGGUUCCUGACUAUGACGGCACCAUCUCCGUCGACGAGUUCAAACAAGCCGUGAAGAACAGCUGCGUGGGAAAGCGGUACGAAGACUUCCCUCAGGCGAUGAAGGCGUUCAUCGAAUCCAACUUCAGAAUGAUUGACAUCAAUGCCGACGGAGUCAUGGGGGUCGAGGAGUACAGAUAUGACUGCGUGCAGCGGAUGGUGGUGGAAGACAUUAAGGUCAUCGACGAUGCUUUUGACACGUUAUUAAAUGAUGACGACAGGAAGAAGGGCGGCCUCACCUUAGCCAGAUACCAGGAGCUGUUCGCGCAGUUCCUUGGAGACGAGAAGGAAGACUGCCAAGCGAAACACCUCUUCGGCCCUCUAGAGAUAUAACCACCUUAGCCAUAGACUUACAAGUUUAGCCCUUAGGGCUUUAGCUGUGACUGCUACACCUACACCCAGUUGAACAUUAGUAGCCAGGUUUCUGUCACUUGACAUGAACUUUGGCGAUAGUUUAUAUGUACUUAGAUGGGCAAACUGGGCAAUAAGGAAUAAGAAUUUUAGUUCGUCAUAGAGAUUUCGUGAAUCCACAAUUAUUUCAGUACCUGGCCAGUUCGCGGGCAGACAUGUUUCUAUAUUUACGGAAUACGCAACGUCGGUAAAUGACGCCAAAAAUACAUCAUCGCCGCGUCGAUACAGUCAAGCGAAUAAGUAAACAAACUGGCCAUAAACAAUUAGGGCGCAGAAAAAAAAUGGUUUAUCACCAAAAUUUUACAAAAAAAACGUCAUUCGCGCGCGAAUUUUACCUAAUUUUUUAUAUAUAAAAAUAUACUACUCUCUCUACUUAAUGAAACCCUACUUAAUGAAAAGUCUACUUAAUGAAACCCUUUAUUAAGUUUUAAAUGUUUUAAUUGGUUUACAAUUGGAUCGAUUCCGCUAUGUAACGAAAAAUUGUCACACAUUUUUAUGUUAGACUUUCGUUACAUAAAGUAAUCAAGUCAAUGUAAUUUUUGUAUUUUUUUGAUCUAUUUAAAUCUGUCUGCUAUGACUUUUAAUUCCUCGAUGGCCAGUUACAACACAAUUCUUAGUACGAGUAUUAUAAACUUUAGUGUGCGUUUUAGUUUUUUGAUAGUUUUAAAUAUAACUCAGUUCUGAUUAUCCCGUCCCAGCACAUCACAAUGUGAUCUUAUUUUAAGAUAUUUUAAUAUAAUAUUUGCAGUGAGAUUUAACGUUAAUUUUUGUAAGUUUGUUUUAUUUUGUUUGUGAAUUAUGGAAUGUUGGUACACCCUUGUUUUUACUGUUCCUGUGGUAUCAUUAUAAUUAUAAGAAACGAACGACCAA